AUGCCGCGCCUCAAAGUUCAGGUCGGAUCCGACCGCUUCCACAUGGAGGACUGCCGUCUCAAUGAUACCCUGCAUCCCCACGAGAUCGAAACGGAACACUUUGUCGGCCGCAUCCUCGUGCGCAUCCUCGACGCACCCGGUGCCAAGCAAGGCGAGCAGGGUCGCGAGUACUUUGAGGGCCGCUCGCGCAAGUUUUGCAUCCAGAUCGAGGGUCGCUUCAAGCAGCGCUGGAACGGCAGCGACAUCCUCUUCGGCACCGACUUUGACAAGUUUGUCGACUUCCCACGCGCACCCUUCAACGCCGGCAUGAAGGUCGCCAAGUACAUUGACCCGUGUACCUUCUACGAGCUCCAUCCGGAGUCGGGCCGGCCGUACAUCAUGUCGCCGUACAUCGCCUGCAUGAACACGUUUUGUGCGUGGCCUGCGCCGUCGCGCGCGCACGACGCUGUGGUGGUGCUGCGCCACACGCACCGAGCCAACACGCCCGACACGUCGCGCGCCGCAACGCCCAUCAUUGACCCGGAGAAGUCGAACAACAACCCGCAGAAUGCGCUCGUCGCCAGCCCGCACGCGAGCGGCGAUGAGGACGAGGGAGACAUUGUGCCGCGCGAGUCGCUCGACCGUAGUCGCAGCCAGAGCGAAAAGAGCGCCGCCGCUGCUGCAGCCAAGAAGAAGAAAGGCUGGUUCGGCGGCUUCGGUGGUGGAAGCGGACAUGCCAAGGAGGAGCGCAUCCUCAAGAAGUACUGGCGCUUCGUCGGCUUCAAGGACGACCCGCGCGUCCGGGCGCUGCUCGAGGCGCAUCAUGCCAAGCUGCGCAGCUCGCACAGUGACACGGACGCUGCUCUGCACAGCACCCACACCGUCGUACGACAGGGCAGUGUGGCCAGCGUCGGCUCCAAUGACGUCCAGCAUGGCCCUGGUGGCCAGACGCUGUCGGUGCUCGGAAUGGGCAAGAGAGCCGAGAUGGACCGCACACCGGAUCGCGCCCUUACCCCAAACCACGGCUACGGCGCCGAGGACAUGCCCUUCUCACCGCGUGUUGGAAGUGGCAGCUUCGCCGACAUUGGCGCUGGCGACAUCGCUGCUGCCCCACCUGGUGACGUCAAGGACGACGACGCCGCGGAAGGUACCGCAAAUGGUCCGACACUGGUAGCCCCGAAGCCCAAGCAUGGCGUAGCCGUGCCGCUCGACGAAGCUGACGGUCCGGCGCCCACGCCAUCGGCCGCUGCGCCGUCCAACUCGGGUGCCGCGGCCUCGACGAGUGCGGAAAAGCCCGAGAUGCCCAAGUUGGAGCGCAUCGCCACGGCGGUUCGGCACGAGAUGGAGGAGUCCGCCAAGUCCGACGGUCUCAAGGACGGCGAUUUCAAGCUCGCCGACACGCUCGCGCACACCCACCUCAGCCGCAGCAGCAGUGCACAAGGCCGGCCGGAUGCGCCUCCGUCCAAGCUGGAUGAGCAGCUGGGACCCUGGCGAUUCGCCGACCCUGGCACGGACAUGAUCGAAGACAACGCGUUCAUCUUCACCACCCAGUCGCUGCCCGUACCCCGACGCCGCAAGCACUUUGCCAACGAGAAGAACCGGCUCGACUUCCACUACGACCCGGACGUUGUGUAUGGCGCGUCGUUCUUUACGGAUGCGAUGGACUUCAACACGUUCAACCUCGGCAUUGGCCCUGUCAAGAUCAACGUUGCCAAGUGGUUCCACGACAUGCCGGUGAGGUAUACGCUCCGAAGCACUACGGACGAGAACCUCACUUUUGCCACCAUCAGCUUCCAACUCGUAGACGAAUAG